CUAGUACAUUCGUUAUUCGUUAGUUUUUUUUUGUACCUUAUAUGUUGUGAUUGUAUUAAUUAUAAAAUAAAUUUUAUUUUCAACUACUCAAUUGUGAACAAAUCAUGAAGAUAAAAGCUGUACUUUCCCGGUCUAUUAGAUUUUCAUUUGAACCUCUUUUUCUCGAAUGUUUAUCUAUGAUCGUGUAAUCGGGACUUCCUGUACUUUGACUGGUACGUACUCAAGAAUAAUAAUAAUAAUUGUUAAAGGAAUAGGAAAGAGUGAAGUUCGUUUCGUGUUUAAAAGUUUGUGUAUAAAUAUAAAGUGGUUAAUAGAAUUUGUACAACACAUAGAGUUACUAUUGUAAUCAAUUUAUCGUUAAAUGACAACAACAUAUAGUAAAUAAAAAAGUGAUACAUUAAUGUUACUGAUUGGAGAGAAUUAUAAUAUAGAUACAAAUUGUUAAGAAUAGGAUAGAUAAAUUUGCAACAAUCUAUAAUGGACAAAACACCAGUAUCUAUUUUACAUGAAAUAAUGGCGAAAAAUCUAGUAACGCCUAAUUAUGAGCUUAUACAUGACGGGGGAGGCACACAUAUAAAUACUUUUACAUAUCGGGUAACGUGUGAAGGUCUUACUGCUACUGGUAUUGGACGUUCUAAAAAGGAUGCAAAGCAUGAAGCUGCAAAGGCAAUGUUAGAAGCUAUUGCAGCACAUAGAGGUUAUCUACAAUUACCAGCAUCGCCAGCACAAUCUUCUGUAAGAACCCCUUUACCACCAACAAUUCCUGAGGUGAAAAGAACUCCACCAGAUGAACCAUUUAUUAAUGCAGUUGGUGCUUUACAAGAUUUAUGUAUUGAAAACAAUUUACAAGAACCUAAGUAUAAUCAAAUUAAUGAGGUUGGGCCUCCACACGCAAAAAUUUUUAGUAUUCAAUGUACAGUAACAACUUUUAAAGAAAUUGGUAUUGCAAGGACAAAAAAGCAAGCUAAACAGGAGGCUGCUAAAAAGAUGUUAGAUAAAAUAAAUGAAUUGACAAAUGGCUUACACAUCGGAACUAAUAAAGAAUUAGACGAAAGGAAAGAUUAUAGUCAAAUUGCUAAAGCUCGAUAUCCUGCACUUUCAAGGUUACCCGCAUCUAGAAAAAUUAACUUAGGUGUUAAGAUAUCAGAGUAUCAUUUACAGUUUAAGAAUUUGUUUGAUACUGAAAUGCAGAAAGAACUAACUGAAAAAUUAACAUCUAUUAUUCCACGAAAUGAAAAUUAUAUUUCUGAAGAAUUUGUAGAAGAUCUGCUAAACAAAUUACAAGAUGUCUUGGCAAUCAUAGGGUUAGAUAUAACAACUUCAGUAUUCCCUUCAAUUACAGAGAAGAUUGUUGUAACUAUGAGAAUAGAUACAUCUCCUAGUAUUGUUGAAUUUGCAGUAGGAGCUACAAAAGCAGAUGCUGAAAUGCAUACAAUAAUAAAAUUGAUUAAAACUUUGAUACUUCUUUUAAAAUAAGGAUAGAAUAACUAUACAUAAAAUAAAUAAAUUUCAAAAUAUUUGUGUCAAAGAAUAUGUUUAUAUUGGAAGAAUAAUCGUGUAAUUUUUUUUUUAAUAUAUUGUAAUAUCUUAAAGUUAGAUAUCAGCUAAGCUUAUUAUAUCAAUUAAACAAUUUCACUGAGAGAGAGAGAGGGAGAGAGAGAGAGAGAGAGAGAGAGAGAGAAGUGAGGAUUUAUUAUUAUAGAUCCUAUUUCAAGUAAGAAACAUUUAUCUAAUUUUUACUUCUAUUACAAAAUAGUAUAAGCUAUAUGUGGGUGAGAUACUCUAUAAUAUACAAUAGUGUAUCACUUUAUAUAUACGUAAAUAUAUAAUAUUUAUGUAGUAUACCACAUAAUUGUUACAUAAAUUAAUAAUUUAGUAUAUUAUAUACAAUUUUCAUUUUUCAGGUAGUUUGCGACAAUUUGCUAAAGAAAUGUUUUCAACAAAACUUAGCUAGUUUCGAGUCUGCUACAUACUCAAUAUCAAAAACGUCCAAGAAAGUUUCUUUUCAAUAAAAAAAUCAAGGUUACGUUAACUUUAUUAAAUGGCACUUUAUAUUUUGGAUUUUAUAGAGUUUUAGCUGAUAUUAACAUGAAUUCAAUAGCUUACUAUACAAUAACCUUGAGAUGACCGAAUUCAGAAAUUUAUAUGCAAUAUACAGUUGUAGUUCAUUGUAAUAUGUAAUAUGAAAUUGUAUUAUUGAUAUCGUUGGAUUUACUCGAUAAAUUUAUUAGUUUGGUAGUUUUAGUCUUAUUUUGAAUAUAUAAUUUGAUCAAAGUAAAAUAAUUUUCCUUACUAUUAUAUUCCUAUUGAUUUAAUCUAAAUUUCAAAAUUCAAGGUUAUCUCAAGAUCAUAGCGCGAUAGGCCAUUGAAUUUGUCUAUCUUAUCGUCAGAGUCUGUGAAACCCAAAAUAUAAGGUGCUAUUUAAAAAAACCUCUUUAUUGAAAAAAAUUUUUCUUGGAUAUUUUUGAUAUCCAAGUAUAUAGCAGACCCAAAACUAAUUUUUAUUCAAAACAUUUCUUUGACAAAUUAUAGGAAACUGCCUGAAAAAUGAUGGAUAAUCUCAGAGUAUAUACUUUGUAUGUACAAAUACUUGUCUUAUUUGAAAUUAUUAAAUAUUAUGAAAAGGAUAUUCGAAUAACAUUAAUUGUUCUAUUUAAAAUUAUUAAAUAUGAUGAGCAGAAUUUGAAAUAUGAAAAUAUAAACAUCUAUCCUCUAUCAAGAUGUAAGAAUCUUAAACUUUCGUUCCGAAAAGACCAAGAUGGAUGUAAACAAGUAAUUUAUAUAUUUUUUGAGAAUUAUUAAUCAAAUGUUGUAUAUUACUAUUUACCUUCCAUGUUAAUAUCGUUUAUCUGAUAAUUAAUUCAGAAGACAGAUCAACUCAUUAAGGCCUGAAGGAUGUUGUAUGUAUAUAUCAUAUCGCAUUGGAAUACAAAUAUGUUCAUUUUACAAUUAAGUUAUACAAAUCUUUAAUCUUUAUAAUUUGUAAUCCAAAUUUUUUUAUUUCUUUUAUAUAAAAUUUUAUAUAAAAUCAGGCUGUAAAAUAAAUGACAAGAAUGACAAAAAUUUAAUAAAAAAUACUUUGAAGCAGUUUUAAAACUUUAA